AUGGCGGGAAGCGAGCCCCUCAGCCGAGGCAGCUCCCCUCAGCCGCACCACAGCGACUGGAGCCGGCUAGAGGCCGCCAUCCUCAGCGGCUGGAGGAACUUCUGGCAGUCGGUGGGCAAAGAGAGGGCAGCGCCGAGGGCCUCUCAAGAGGAGGCGGAUGAGGAGGCUAGUACCCUGACGCGGCUGCCGGUUGACGUACAGCUAUAUAUUUUGUCAUUUCUUUCACCUCAUGAUCUGUGUCAGUUGGGAAGUACAAGCCAUUAUUGGAAUGAAACUGUACGAGAUCGAAUUUUGUGGAGAUAUUUUCUGCUGCGGGAUCUUCCUUCUUGGUCUUCUGUUGACUGGAAGUCUCUUCCAGAUCUAGAAAUCUUAAAAAAACCUAUAUCUGAGGUUACUGAUGGUACAUUUUUUGACUACAUGGCAGUCUAUAAAAUGUGCUGUCCAUAUACAAGAAGAUCCUUGAAAUCUAGCCGUCCUAUGUAUGGAGCUGUCACAUCAUUUUUACACUCAUUGAUCAUUCAGAAUGAACCACGAUUUGCUAUGUUUGGACCAGGUUUGGAAGAACUGAAUACAUCUUUGGUGUUGAGCUUGAUGUCUUCUGAGGAACUUUGCCCAACAGCUGGUUUGCCUCAGAGGCAGAUUGAUGGUAUUGGAUCUGGAGUCAGUUUUCAGUUGAGCAACCAACAUAAAUUCAACAUCCUGAUAUUAUAUUCAACUACCAGAAAGGAAAGAGAUAGAGCAAGAGAAGAGCAUACAAGUGCAGUUAACAAGAUGUUCAGUGUACAGAAUGAAGGAGAUGAUCAACAAGGAAGCCGGUAUAGUGUAAUUCCACAAAUUCAGAAGGUGUGUGAAGUUGUUGAUGGAUUCAUCUAUGUUGCAAAUGCUGAAGCUCAUAAAAGACAUGAAUGGCAAGAUGAAUUUUCUCGUAUUAUGGCAAUGACAGAUCCAGCUUUUGGAUCUUCAGGAAGACCUAUGCUGGUUUUAUCUUGUAUUUCUCAAGCAAAUGUAAAAAGAAUGCCCUGUUUUUAUUUGGCUCAUGAGCUGCGUCUAAAUCAUCUAAACCACCCAUGGAUGGUCCAGGAUACAGAGGCUGAAACUCUAACUGGUUUUUUGAAUGGCAUUCAGUGGAUUCUUGAAGAAGUAGAAUCUAAGCAUGCAAGAUGAUCCUCCUUUUAGAUCUGGGGAACUGAAACCACUUUAAACAUGAUGUGGAUAUUUGCUCAGUCAGCCAAUUUUGUCCUGCCUUUUUGCAGGUAGGCUUUA